AUGCCAGGCUCAAGUUGUUUAUUGUUUUCGCUGCGACAAACUCAUCUCUUUCGACCAAAAAGUAGGAUGCGAUGUUUAAGAUUGUACGGAAACAUUGAUAAAAGGUCGCAUAGGCAACAAUUAAAAGACGAAGCCAAGUUGAAGGUAGUGAGGGAAAAUCUUGGUUUUGAUUUGCAUGGCAUUGCGUAUGGUGAAGUUCGAGAACUAGCCAAGUGUUUGUAUCCCAAAGACGAUUGCAUGGUAAGACUGCCGGACGGCAAAGCGCACCGACUGGGCCACUUGCAGGUACUGGGUAAUAGCUCCUUGCAAUUAAACCUUAAUAGAACCUUUCUUGAUGUGUUCAGGAAGAGUAAACAGGACAUAGGUGGUCUGGAUUUUAAUUAUGAGGCUAAAAUGUCUCAUCUGAGCUCGGCAAAGAGGUCCCCCGACAAGCUACUGCAACGUUUCAUACGACAUCGGUACGAUAGACUAGCCCGAAUUCCCAUGCCCGAGAGUGCAGUGCCCAUUCGAAUCCAGCGAGUAUUCGAUCGGCGAUCUUUCCACGCGCUAAUAGGCUACAUCAGUUUGAUUAACGACCAGAAAAAAGUUGCUGCAUUGCUGCACGAUGAGGUGUCAAGGCCUGUUGUGAAAGAGCUGUUUGGACACUGA